ACAAGAAACUACCACAUACAAAUAACAUUUAACACACGGUCAAGGUCAUGGUCAGUAGUAACUAGUUAAGGUGAAAAAGUCAACAAAUUUUCAUAGCUUAAUGGCUUUUAUACAUGUACCUGCCAUUGUUGAUUGUGUUAACAUGAACAUGAACUUUCAUCUUAUGCCACUGAGAUGCAACUCCAAGAGAACAUUCUGUGUUUCUGCAGUGAAUCUCAACAAUGACAGCACUAACAAUAAUGACCCUUUACUCCUUUCAGCAACUACCUCUGCUUUUCUUCGUUCUCAGGAAACUCUAAGGCCAGACCCUUUAUUUGUGGACCAGUAUGCUUCAUGUCUUGUCCCUCAAAAUUUUCACAAGGAAAAGUUGCAGGAUUUGAAUCCCUAUUGCCUUGCAACUAAGUUCAUUGAUGAUAAAUUGCUUCAUACAGUGAAUCUUAUUGAUGGAGUUAAGCAGGUUGUUUUGUUAACCGAUGGCAUGGAUACGCGGCCGUACAGACUUCAGUGGCCUGCUUCAACCAUAAUAUUCGACAUAUCACCGGAAAGGAUAUUUCAAAUAGCAGCUGAGAAGCUUGAAGGUGCUGGGGCUAAGGUUCCCAAAGGUAGCUUAUUCUAUCAUAUUCCUUUGGAAUCAUCUGACAUAAAGCAAAAUUUGCAACUUAGAGGAUACAAUGGUAGUAGGCCAAGUAUAUGGGCUAUGCAGGGGUUUCCUAUGAUGACAUUGGCAAAUUUUGAAGAAGUUUUGUCAAUGUUAAGCAGUUUGGCCAUGGAGGGAAGCUUUUUUCUGGGAGAGUUGCCUACAUUUUUAUCUGAUGCAGAAACAGAUAUCAAGUCCAACACAAAGCCAUGGCUGAAUAAACUAUUCAUGAGCAACGGCUUUCGUGUCGAAAUGAUUAAUCAUAAAGGAGUUUCUGAAAGUUCAAAAGAAGAAUUUGGUUCAGCACAUUACAGUAACAAGCUGUUUGUUGCUGAACAACUGCGACUUUCAGAUGAUCAGAUGGAAGCAUGGAGAAGACAAUUCCAAAGGGUAGAGGAUGAAGGGGAUGAAGAAGGCUUUGAAGAGCUAUAGAAGUAAUUAGAUAUAUUCCUAUAGUGUUGGAAGUUUGCAUGCAUAAUUGUAAGUUUAUAAUUUGAUUGAGCAGAUUCAAAUUAUCAACUACCAAGUGCCAGUUUGCUCAGUGAAUAACCUUCAUUAUGCAAACUUGUAAAAAGAGUCAAUUUGAUUUAAUGUGAUCCUUGGCUAGGCAAAUGAAAAAUGGCAAUUUCCAUGAAAA